GUGUGUGUGUGUGUGUGUGUGUGUGUGUGUGUGUGUGUGUGUGUGUGAGAUGAAACAGUAUCUCUGUGUAAUAGCAAAGUGUGAUAGGCUUUCAAACAUGCAGCAUCUCUGUGUUCUACUCGGGGGCCUUUUUAUUUCCUGUGUAUGUGGUUCCGUUUCCUCUUUUUCCGUCAGUCAGUCUCCGUCUACAGUUAUACUGCAUGUAGGAGAACAACUUCAGAUCAUCUGCAGCUACAAUGUCAGCAACAAUUCAUCAAUAAAAGUGAAAUGGUUUAAAAACAAUCAGACAAUUGGAUUGAACCAAACUAACAAAUUCUCAGAACCUUGCAUCAACAAACCCUGUAGAACAUUAGUCAUAAAAACCACGGACAUAAAUGAUGAAGGUUUUUAUAUUUGUCGAGUUACACAAGACAUUCCUCAAUUGGUGACUGUAAAUGGAAUGGGGACACAAGUUACAUUCAAGAAUACCCAUGCAGAAGAGCGUAUUACACAGACAGACAGACCAGUUUUUAUCACCUCACCCCAUGUACUGAACCCCACUGCAGAAAAUGGACCCAUCAUUUUUGCAAUCCGGUGUGCGCCCUUCAUCACCUUACUGCUGGCCUUCUGCUUUCUUAACAGAGAUUACAAACAGAACAUACGGCUAAUAUCAGGAAGACGAAGUGCUGAAGAGCAAAACUUAGUCAUGGAGGAGGAGAAAGAAGAAACGGAGCAAGAACUAGAAGAGAGAGACAAACGAGUGGGACAAAGAGGUGGAGUGAGAGAGAGGGAUGAGCAGUCGGGACAAGAAGGAAGAGUAGAGCUGGUGAAUGAGUUAGCGGGAAAAGAAGGAGGGAUGGAAGAGAAGGAAGAACACAUGGGACAAGAAAGACGAGUGCAAGAGAGGGAAGAACAAUCAGGACAAGAAAGACAAGUGGAGGAGAGGGAUGAACAAUUGGGACAAGAAAGACAAGUGGAAGAGAGGGAUGAACAAAUGGGACAAGAAAGACAAGUUGAAGAGAGGGAUGAACAAAUAUGACAAAGAAGUGAAGUGAGAGAGAUGGAUGAACAAUCAGGACAGGAAGGAAAAGUGGAGGUGGUCAAUGAGUUAGCAGGAAAAGACAGAGGGAUGGAAGAGAAGGAUGAACAAUCAGGACAAGAAAGACAAGUGGGAGAGAGGGAUGAACAAAUGGGAUAAGAAUGAAAAGUAGAGAUAGUGAA